AUGUAUCUUGGGCCCGUCGUGGUGGUGUUACUCUUCGAACGUCUUGUAUCGACCAUGAAAUAUUAUUCAAAGAUGAGUUCAUCAACUAACUCUGGAGCAGCAUACCCUCCCCCACCUUGUUCUACAGCGCCGGGUCCUUAUCAUGUGCAGGCUCCACCACCUGCUGGUUAUCCAACAAGAGAUGCCCCAAAUCCCCAUGGACAUGGAGCUGUAGAAACAAAGUCAAAAGGUGAUGGCUUCUGGAAGGGAUGUUGUGCUGCCUUGUGCUGCUGUUGCGCUUUGGAUGCCUGUUUUUGAGCAUCAUCCAGGAGAUUCUUGAAUUGAGAGCCCAAUAAUCACAUAUAUCUUUCAUUUGUGAACUCUAUUUUACACACA